CAUCGGAGUUUCCUCGGUCUCAGGUGUGCAUAGGUACACAAAUGUAAACAUUGAUCAGCGAUGAAGGGGACAAUUGAGUUAAGCCAUGUAAUUGUUUCACAUGACAGUGUGAAAGAAAUUUGCGAUGCGGCUAACGGAGGAAAGUUGAAAACGCUCUCAUUGCGUGAUUGUGAAAUAGAAGAAGCAUUAUACAGCUCCAUCUUGAAAGCAGUGGGAGCCUGCACGUCCAUACUGCAACUAAGUUUGUGUGUUGGUAUGGUCGCAUCAAAGAAGGACGUAUCAGCGCUCUGUAGAUGUUUACAGAAAAACAAAUCUCUGCUGGCAUUAUUUAUCCAUGGCAACCCUCUAAAGGAUUCUGGUAUGCAGAGAAUCUGUCGGGAACUUGUGCAGCAUCCUCAAAUUGUCUCCCUUGAUGUCAGUGAUUGUGAAUUAACAGACCAGUCCAUGGAAGUCCUAUGUAGUCUGUUACCCGAAACAGGCUCUAGACCAGGUUUAAAAGACCUCUCUCUUAGUGCUAAUCCAGGGAUUUCUCAGAAGUCUUGGGCAAAGUUUGGGAUAUCUGUGGCUGCCAAUAGUUGUCUGAGAGAACUCUAUCUGGACUACAACAGUCUGGGAGACUAUGCAGCAAGCUGUAUCGUGGUGGGACUCUCUGGGUCUCAGAACCUCAGAGUUCUAGAUCUAGAAAGCACAAAUAUUGGAGACUCCACAGCAGAGUUGAUUCAACAUCUCCUGGAAAAAUUCCCCUCCCAACUUUACAAAGUAGUGCUUAAAGAGAACAAAAUCAAAGGCAGCAUAAUAGACAGCAUUUCUUCCUAUCUGGAGGAAAACGAUGACAUUUCUGACACAUUUAGCAUCGAAUCCAUGAAAAUGAAAACAAAAUCAUCAAGUAAACUGUCCAAAUCUAAAACCUCCACACAAAAGAGUUCUACUCUGAAAGACAGCACACGGUAUGAGGAGUCCUCCUCAGAUGAAGACAAGACUGAGAAAACGGACAGAGAAAAGGAGGAAGAGAGUGACAUGAAGGACACAGUGAAAACGGAUGAAGAUUAUCGUGUGCUUGAAAUGGCCCUGGAGGAGGGACUGAGCACAGGGAAGAUCAGCGCUCUGUCCAAUACAAUGGAGGAAGAUGAAGGGGAGGAAGAGCUGAAGGAAGUUCCUAUAACAUCCACCACCCAUGUCAUAAAAUUCCCUGACAACAAACCAAAGACACUCUCUGCAGAAGACUUCAGCGAUGACGGAGAUGAACUCGAAGAAAUACCAGUGUUAAAAUAUGGCACUGUAUGACAUUUUUGUGU